AGGGGAGGGAGGCGGCAAUGGCGGAGAUUCCGUUCACGCGGGUGGUGUCGGUUACCAGCGCGGAUCCGCGUCACCCGGCGGAGAAUCUGCUGAGGCCCGAAGAUGGCGGGAAAUGGAGAGGAGCGACGGCGGGGGAGAAACAGCUGAGUGUGGUGCUGGAGCUGGGCGACUCCCGGCCCAUCCACUCCCUGCACAUCGGCAACGACGGCGCCGCAUUUGUGGAGGUGCUGCUGGGCUGUUCUGCCGGGGGCGAGUUCCAGGUGCUCCUGCCCAGUUCUGCUCUGAUGUCACCAAGCGAGAGCCGGGCAGGGGCGGGGCCAGGCCGGGUGCGGCUCUUUGGGCCUCAGGCAUUGGUCAAACGUCCGGCCACGCCCACGGCCACGCCCACGACCAAAUACGACCGGCUACAGGUGGUGCUGAGCCAGCCCUACUGCCAGAGCCGCCCCUACGGCCUGGCCUUCAUCAGAGCCUUCGCUGCCCCCGAGGAGGGACAGGAACCGCCCCCGGCCCCGGUUCGCCGCCUGGGUCCGUUCACGCUGCGCGAGGAGGGGGAGGGGAGCCCCCGGCGCCCCCCCGGGGCCCUGUUCUACCAACGCCCCUCCCCCAACACAGCCUCAGCCCAGCCCCCCCCCGGGCCCAGCUACGCCGCAGCCGCGCUGCAGGAAACGAACAGGGAGAGCAGCCAGCCCCCCAAGCGCCGCCUCCCCUCCCCCACCACCACCACCAACGGCACCCCCCAAAAAAAACCCAAAACCCCCCAAAAAACCCCUCCGAAAACCCCCAAAACCCCCCAAAAAAACCCGGCACCCCCCCAAAAAACCUCGGCACCCCCCCAAAAAACCUCAGCGCCCCCCCAAAAACCCCCCCCGGAUUCGGGGGGUCCCAUUUUGGCGGGGGUGGUGCUGGCCCUGAGCGGAUUCCAGAACCCUCUGCGGGGGCACCUGCGGGCGGCGGCCGCGGCCAUGGGGGCGGAGUAUCGGCCGGACUGGACGCCCGAGUGCACGCACCUGGUGUGCGCCUUCCCCAGGACCCCGAAGGCGGCGCGGGCGCGGCAGCGGGGCGGGGUCGUGGUGGGAGCCAGGUGGAUCUGGGAGUGCCAGAAACGGGGCAGGAGGCUGAGCUGCGGGCCGUACCUCCUGGACGGCUCCGCCUCCUCCGGCAGCGAGGGGGAGGAGCCUGAGGAGGCCCCGCCCCCUCCACGACCUUCCCCCAAGGGGAAAAAAGGGGCGGGGCCUCCUCAGACGGACAAACCUGAGACUCCGCCCCCUGCGGCGCCGGCCACGCCCCCUGAGUCCGGUGACAGCGAGGACCAAUCAGAGGACACCGACCCCUUUGGGGGCUCCACUGAGGAGAACACAGAGGAUGAGGAAGAUGAGGGGGCGGGGCCGCCCAUCCCCCCCCUGCCCGAUUUUUUUGAGGACAAAAAGUUCUUUUUGCACGGCCCCUUCCCCGAGGGGGAGCGGCGGCGGCUGCGGCGCCUGGCGGUGGCGUUCGGGGGCUCCCUGGCUCCCUACAUGGACGAAUCCGUGACCCACGUGGUGACCUCACAGGACUGGGACCCCGCCUUCGAUGAGGCCCUGGAGCUCCGCCCCUCGCUGCAGUUCGUGCGUCCCCAUUGGCUGCUGCUCUGCGGGGAGCGGCAACAGCCAAUCCCGGCCCAGCCCUUCCUGGUGACGUCAUCGAUGACAUCAUCAUCUUCACAGUGAUG